AUGACAACCUCCUCAGGCCGCCUAAAGGGAGACAAGCUCUGGCAUGUCUACCGCUAUCCACAGAGACCAAAUACACUCAUGGUCCUGGGGAGCAUACUUACGAAGCCAGAUGACCUAGAGUCGUCGCUGAACUAUGGCGACGGGAUCGAGCCUUUCCCCUCUCGGUCAGUCGAAGACCAGACAGGAGCGGUUCGCCUGUUUAUGCGAUCAGAGAUAUCGACCAAGAAUGGUGGAAGACUCAAGGCUCUUCUGCCAUUCUCGCCAAUUGCCAGCGCCGGUGGCGGGCUGGGUGCGACCUCAUCAACAAGCUUGGAUGCCAGCAUCGAGGCUUCCGGCGUCCGAGCAGUGGCUGUCUUACCGCCGGCUGCCCAUGAUUACUUAGAACGAGCGCUACAGAACCCCAGGAUCGUCGACUACGUGAGAAAGGGCAUCUUCGCAGAGCCUCUGUAUAUGAUUGUGGGUGUUGCAACGUGCAAGUCAUUGUCUAUGGGCGACGCUUCGAGCAAGAGCAGAUCGGCAUCUAUCGACCUUGAUGCCAGUCUGACUAUUGGGGGCGUCGAAGCCGGGGUCGGUGUUUCGAGAGACAAAGGAACUUCGGAAGAUUCGGAGCGGGAAGUUCUGGAAGAAUGUGAUUUUGCAUAUCGAGUGAGAGAGUUUCAAUACUCUCGUCGGAAGAAACGGAUCAAGAAGUCGGCCAACGUGACCGACGGCGCAAUGUUCGGAACCGAUGCUUCAGGGGAAGAGGGUCCAUUCGAAGAGGUGCCUAUUUUCGAAUACUUUGAGAGUGAGGAUGAAGACGUUGAGUGA